AUGAACGGCCCGGCCUUACCCGAGUUCUGGCCAUUAAGCACCAUUGAAGAUGAUGAACACAGCACGGUGAAGCAUUUCGGAGAGGCUGUGAAAGUAGUUCCACCAGAGCCGCACCUAGCGUCAAAACGGACCUCGUGCCACCCGUGUUUCCACGUGUUUGUCAGCCCGGAGAUCAGUGGCAUCUCGGAGGCCUCGACUCCGCGGACCCCCAUCACUUCCCCGAGCGACAGUUCCCUUAAUAAUUGGGUACUCAAAGAAUCUUCAACAGGGGUUUCUUCGGACGUACAGGCAGAUGAAGCCGAAGAGAACUCUCCACUGGUUUGCACUCGGUCAUCGAAUAAUAAUUUAGGAUCCUCCACUUCGUCCAUUAAGCAGUUCCUUAGGAACACGGUCGCCUUGGUCAGAGCAGGAGAGUCCUUCACGUCUGUAAAGCAACUUUUUUACAACUUCAUGAAGCAGAAUUCCAGCCCCUCGGAAGAGGAGCUCGCCAGUCGUCGUUUGACCCAAGAUUCCACUUCCCAGAUAGUCCGCUCGGAGAACCCCUAUCUGUGCGAGUCGAACGAUACGCUUGCAUCGAACCGCACUGCCCACUUUAACACUCCCAGCACCUCGCAAAUAUCUACCUGUACGCGCCGCUCCAACUACUUAUUCAACCCCCUGAUAUACGACAUGCCAACCAGCUGGCUCUCAGACGUCUCCCCACUGACGGGAUACACGUCCCACUCCAUCCAGCAGAGUCCUAAAGAAGCUGGCUACCAGAGCGAUGUUUCCCAGAAAUCCCAUGCUUCUGCUCAGCCCCAAUCGAAGAGCCAAGAUGUUGCUUCCAUUCAGACACAAUCGGAAAGCCAAGAAGUCGCCUUGUUAAACUCGAAAACACUGUCUGCUGAGGGUGGCCUGUCAUGCAUUCUCCCGAAAAUGGACUUGAGUCCAGAACAGCCUGAGGGCAAAGAAAUCAAGGCAUCGCCCCGACAGCCAGAGACUCUAACCCUGGUGAGCGGUAUCUGGACAACCACCCACAUUCGAGGUCGCGGGGGUUCCAGCAGUAGGUCCUUACCACACAUUCUGCGAAAAACCACGAAAAGCUUAACCUGGAGGUCACCCAAGAUGUCACCUUGGAGAAAGGCACUCACCACCGCGGCUUCGGAACCCGCCAUCGCUCUGGAGGCAACCCAAGACAACCAAUCGCCGAGAUCGAGUCGGUCAAGCCGAAAAAGUAGUCAGGUGUCGGUCGGACAAGAUGGAAGGAAGACACCGCAGAUGUCGCCCAAAAACUCUGUAACUUCCGGAAUGUCACAGAAAGCGGACGAAGUACUGGAUAAAGAGCCAAGUUCCCAGAUUGAACAAAUAAUCAUACCCUCCCAAAAUGAACCACAAAAUCUGCAACGGAGUAGCCAGAUUUCACGUAGAGUAAAUUUCGUGUUCGCCAUUGUGAGUCCCGAGGAGGCUUCUCCGAGCCCGCCAGGAGAGAGCACUGACAAGGAGGUCGAAGAGAAUUCCACCUGUCGUACUUUCCAGGAGGAGUGCAAGUGCCACCAUUGCCAGGACAUGCGAAGAGCCGUUAAGCGGGUAGAGUACUUCCAGUCACCAGAGGGCCAGAAGCGGAUGGAGACCAAGCUGCUGGCGAAGAACUUGUUCAUGGACCUUUGUGCACUUUCGAAGGUUCGCGAGGAGAUCCAGGCCACUCUAUACGGCACUCAAAAUCACCCGCCGGCGCGUGUCAGCUAUCCGGUGUGCAUCUGCGGCGCUUCCCGGCUGGACGGCGGAUCACUGACCCUCAACUGGUUCACCCACGACCUGGAGUGCGUGGACCACUUUGAGUUCUUCGUGGACGACAGGCCGAGCAAGAGCGUAUUCAACAAGCGGGCCACCACCACUGUGCUGAUCGACGUGAACGCCUCGAAGGCGCAUCGGCUAAUGAUGCGUGCCGUACCCGUGCGCGGAUUCGGACCACAGGCCUCGCCAGUGGACAAACUUAUUUCGGAAGUGGCUGCCGGUCACAUGCGAAAUGUGCAGCAGGGCCAGCUGUUUCCGCGCUGCCUCAAGUUCCUCGACGCCGAGCCACAGCGGUCGCUGGUGGACUACUGGACGGACAGCGAGUUCCUGUACAUGCCCACCUGUGCCCAGCCCCCGUGCAAGAAGGGCCGCUAAUAAUGAUUUAUGAACAGUGGGCCAGGGUUGGCAACAGUUGGGUGAACAUAAAUUGAUUACUUUAA